CUGGGCAGCGCGCGUCAGUUCCCACCCCGACUUCGGGAUGAUCGGCCAGAAGACCCUCUACUCCUUCUUCUCCCCGAGCCCUUCCCGGAAGCGACCUGCCUGCAGCCCCGAGCCAGCCGCCCCGGGGACCGGCGUGGCGGCCGCAGCUGGGGAGAGCGGCGAGGAGGCGGUGAGACCGGACGAGGCCAGCCCUGCCAAGAAGAUCCGAGCGGGCCAGGAUGAGCCGGGCACGCCGCCCUCUUCGCCCCUGAGCCCCGAGCAGCUGGGCCGCAUCCAGAGAAACAAGGCCGCGGCCCUGCUCCGACUCGCGGCCCGCAACGUGCCGGUGGGCUUCGGGGAGAGCUGGAAGCAACAUCUUAGCGGGGAGUUCGGGAAACCCUACUUCAUAAAGCUAAUGGGAUUUGUUGCAGAAGAAAGAAAACAUUACACUGUUUAUCCUCCCCCACACCAAGUCUUCACAUGGACCCAAAUGUGUGACAUGAGAGAUGUAAAGGUUGUCAUCCUGGGACAGGAUCCCUAUCAUGGACCAAACCAAGCUCACGGGCUCUGCUUUAGUGUCCAAAGGCCUGUUCCCCCUCCACCCAGUUUGGAAAACAUUUACAAAGAGCUGUCUACAGACAUAGAUGGCUUUGUGCAUCCCGGCCAUGGAGAUUUAUCUGGAUGGGCCAAACAAGGUGUCCUCCUCCUCAAUGCCGUCCUCACCGUCCGGGCCCAUCAAGCCAACUCCCAUAAGGAGAGAGGUUGGGAGCAGUUCACUGAUGCAGUUGUGUCCUGGCUCAAUCAGAACCUGAGUGGCCUUGUCUUCUUGCUCUGGGGCUCUUAUGCUCAGAAGAAAGGCAGUGCCAUUGACCGGAAGCGACACCACGUCCUGCAGACCGCUCACCCCUCCCCACUCUCCGUGUACCGAGGGUUCUUUGGUUGUAGACAUUUUUCCAAAGCCAAUGAGUUGCUGAAGAAGUCUGGCAAGAAGCCCAUCAACUGGAAGGAGCUGUGAGCCCACGCCAAGGGGAAGUCUGACUCCAGGGGUGGUUUUGAAGAGCCUCUGUGGAAGCGUCACUUGUGGGGUCAUUGACAUUCAAGUAUGCUGCACAGGGCCUGCAGCCUUGUCCAGCCAGAAAUAGCAGGUCCUUUGACAUCUGUGCCUGCGCCUCCCUCCGGGCAAGACAGGUGCCCCAGCCAAGGCACAGUCGGCUUGGCCCAAAAUCCACUCGGUUAUCUUCUACUUUUCUUUUGUGGUUAAAAGGGGAAGCUUUUGUAGCUUUGGGGCUCAACAAAUAGUUUGGUUCUGGCUGCUACUUUUUUUGACCUAGUAGAUAGACUAGAUUUCUGGGGUGCUGGUUAUUUCUUAGGAAGGCCCCUACAUAGGGAAAGCAUGAGGCCCAGGUGGGGAGGCAGGGGAAUGGUGUUCCUCCCUGGUUGGAGUGGAAGGGGACAGGCAGGAACAGCGCCUGGGUCUCCGUCCUGUUCUCUGUGUUUCUGGAGGAAGCAGGGGAGGUUGAACCCAGGGAAGGAAGGUUUUGUUUUAGUGUGGGGUGGGUGAAUUUUCUAGGGCUGGGCAGAGCUGGCAUUCCACACCAGCAGAUUACUGAACACUGGGUUUGUGUUUGAUGCGGGUGCGUGCUGGUAUAUGUAUGUGUGAUCACACCCAGAGCUGUAUACCUCUAAGCUGCAAUCCCAGCCCCAAGUGCUGUUUUUUAUGUACUGAAAUCAUUUAAGAGUAUAUUUUUCUACAACACUGGAGAACUUCCCUGUGCAGAUGGGGCAGAGUUUUUCAAUCCUUGCUCAAGAGAUAAUCUUUGUGUAGUCCUCCUUUCCAUCCUGGAUCCUGAUGGGUGGGGUUAAAGUGUUAACCCUGCGCUGGUUGUAAAUAAACAAUGGUUGAAGUUUU